CAGGAUAUGUCGCGAUAAUGUGCAAUAAACUAAACAACUGAGAAAGAAAAGCUGUACUUUACAUCAUCUACUUGCACCCAGCUAUCUGAGGUGAAUUUGAAAAAAUAAAAUGAAGCCUCCAGAACAUUUUAAUGGCAUGGCAGGCGAGGGCGAGCUCAACCCGGGCUUCGAGGAAGAGUCCAAGCGGAAGAUCUCGAUCGCCUCCAACGACAGAGAGCGGAAGGUCAGCUCCAUCUCCAUGCCCAAGUCCAUCCUAGUCAACGGCGACAACCUCAGCCACCUCUCUCACGAGCACGGACGAGCGCUGUCGAUACCUUCGGAACACCACGCUUCGUUCGCAUAUCCGAAAGAUGACGAGGACCUCAGAAGCUCGUGGUGGUACAUCUUGUGCACUAAGUGCAGGCAGAAGGAGUCUGGCCCCGGGUGGGAGCCCACCUUCUGGCAGGCAGUCUUCCCCUACCCCUUCUGUCCCACUUACAGGCACGUGGCUCGAGUGUUCGCCCUGCUGCUGGUUCUGAUCCUCGCCUGGGGAGUCAUCUACGCCAUCAUGGGCCAGGACUCGGCCCCCGGAGGACAGCUCUUCGACAUCGCCGUCCUCUGCAUCUGCGGCCACGUCGGCGGCUGGGUCUUCCGGAUGGUCGCCCUGCCUCCUCUGGUCGGGAUGCUCCUCGUCGGCAUCCUCUUCAGGAACGUCGGCUUCAUCGAGAUCCACGAGCCCUACAACGAGGUCGUCUCAGUGCUGCGGAAGAUUGCCUUGGUGAAUAUCCUGAUCAGGGCUGGCCUGGACUUGGACUCUGAGGCGAUGAAGAGGCUCUGGGUGACAGUGCUGAAGAUAGGACUUCUUCCCUGGAUCCUCGAGUGCGGCGUCGUCCUGAUCUCGUCCCACUUCCUCCUGGACCUGCCCUGGAUGUGGGGCCUGCUCUUAGGAUCUAUAGUGGCCGCGGUGUCCCCAGCCGUGGUUGUGCCCUGCCUCUUCCGGCUGAGGAACAAAGGCUACGGGGUGGCCAAAGGGAUUCCCACCCUUAUCAUCGCCAUAUCCGGCAUCGAUGACGCCGCUUCCGUCGCCGCCUUCGGGAUCAUCCACAGCAUCAUGUUCUCUUCCCAUUCCCUUUACUUCGAGAUUCUAUUGGGUCUCCUCUCAAUUGUUGUUGGUAUUUUGUUCGGAGUACUGUGGGGUAUCCUGGCUUCUUAUGUACCAGAAAAAGAUGAUCCGUUCGUGGUGCCGCUGCGGAUCCUGAUCCUCCUGGGCGGCGGCCUCAUAGCCGUCCUCGGGAGCGACCUGGUCGGCCUGGGGGGGGCUGGCCCCCUCGGCUGCAUCGCCGCCGCCUUCCUCUCGGUCUACGCCUGGACCAAGCAGGGCUGGGACGUCGAGGAUAACCCGGUCGCCACGGCCUUUGAAAUAUUCUGGAUGAUCUUCGAGCCGAUCCUCUUCACGCUCACUGGCACUCAGAUCAAGAUGGCAGAGAUGGAUCCCAACAUCGCAGGUAUCGGAGCUGGCAUUCUCGUCUUAGCCUUCGUGCUGCGAAUUCUAUUGACUGUACUCGUAGCUUUUGGGGCUUCCUUGAAUCUGAAGGAGAAAAUAUUUUGUGGAAUCUCUCUCAUGGCAAAGGCUUCAGUUCAGGCGGCCCUGGGCCCGAUCGCCGUGGACUUGGUGCGAGGCCGGGACGGCCCGGAACCCGGGUACGCCAGCACGGUGGCCCUGAUCUGCGUGAUGUCGAUCCUCCUUGCGGCCCCGGUGGGCGCCAUCCUCAUCAUCGCCACCGGCUCGAGGCUGCUCACGAAGACGGUGGUCCCGGCGGUCCCCGACGGCUGGAGGCGAGGCGCCAGGCCCUCCCUCAGGGACAUCUCCAUCACCGAGGAGGACCAGGACUCCUUGAGGAGGCACCGCCCCUCGAUCGCCAGCGAGCAGCCCAGGUUCUCCUGAGCUCAGCAAGAGAUGAGGAAGUGCCUGAGGUUGUAGUCACCAAUAGCCAGCGCCAUAACAUGUCAAAAUAAAACACUCAGUUAACGAUAACAUAGUUUGAGCUAAACAGAAAUCUCCAUUAUUUAUGAUUAUAGAAAUAAUGAUAAUAAUAUUAAUAUUAAUUAUCAACUGUUUGAAGAUGGUUCACAGUUGAUAUAGUUUUAUUGUUCGAGAAGAUGUUACUUGAAAUAACCAAGUAGAAAGGUCUUAUAAUGGAUUACAUUUCUGUUUAAUAACCUUAUUAUAACAAAUAUUUUUAAAAUCGAGUACAAAUUUAGGUACUUUAAGUACAUUGGUUUCUAAAAUCGAUGAUGCACUUAAUGUAGAAGAGAUGUAAUAAAUUUAGCAUCUUAUUAUUUUGUUUUAAAUCUAAACAUUCCAAUAUAUAAGUGAUGAUAUGGAUAUUGUAAAUAUGAUACAUAAAUUAAUAUAUUUAUGCAUAUAUUAAAAAAUUGUAUAAAAUUUGUAUUUAUUUAUUUAUAACCGUGGUGGUAAAAAUGAAACUUGAAAAAGAAAUUAUGAAAACAUAAUACUUUUAACUAUUGAAAAACUUCAAAAAUAAAUUAAUUCGGAAAGGAUAUUUAAAAAUUCCAUGUAAAAAAUUUAGUUUAAGCUUUAAUUUUAAAUAAGUAGUAAAACUUUACACCAUUUGACUAAAUCUUUGUUUCAUAGUAUUUUAUAUUUUAAGUAAAUACUAACCAUAAAAGUAUUAAUACAUGAAAAUGUGAUAUAUAAUAGAAUGUAAAAGGUGAGGGACCUAUUUUACAUUUAGCGUAGAAGCUGUGUAAAUAAUAUUGUAUUUUAAUAAAUCUAUUAUUUUUUUCAGUGUAU